GCACCAUGGGCCCUAUGCAUCAACACACAGGCCCACUGAACGAAGCACUCUCAAGGCUCCCCUCCCUUCCCUCUCCACCAGGCGCUCUCUCCCUGCGGCUGCGGCUGCGCCUGGCGCAGGGCACAGCGGAGGGGCUGGCGUACCUGCAUGGGUUUGAGAUGUCCAUCAUCCACCGCGACAUCAAGCCCGCCAACAUCCUAGUCACCCACGAGAUGCACACCAAGGUGGCUGACUCUGGGCUGCUCAAGCGCCUCACUCAUGGCGAUGUAGACGCCACGCGCGUGGCGGGCACACCCGGCUACGUGGACCCCGACUACAACCGCACACGGAUGGUCACCGCCAAGAGCGACGUCUUCAGCUAUGGCAUCAUGCUGCUGGAGCUGCUCACUGGCAAGGUGCCUCAAGUUGACAACAAGACACACAUCAGGAAAUGGUAAGGACCACUGGCCUGCGUCCUCCUAGCA